UGGCUCUUCUUCUACUCAUACUUCUCUUCCUCGGACUCCUCUCCCUGCAAUGGGCAAAGAAGUAUUUCCAGGGAUUCUCUAAGCCUCAUGUACAUUACCCACCUUGCCCUCCCCCCUUACCAUUUCUUGGCAACCUACUUCACCUGGCACACAAAGAUCUGCCAAUUCACUUGCUGCAUCUCUCCAAAAAAUAUGGGCCUAUCUAUCGUCUAAGCUUUUGGGGGAAAGAUUUUGUUGUGUUAAAUAGUUCCGACCUGAUCCGUGAAGCUCUGCUUAAGAAGUGGGCAGAUUUUGCAGGAAGACCCCAGAGUUACAUAGGUGAUCUGAUUUCCCUGGGUGGGAAGGAUCUGUCUCUUGGAGACUACACUCCAGUGUGGAAGGUGCAGAGACGUCUCACCCACACAUCCCUGCAGAACUGCAUGCGCAAUGACCUAGAGAAAGUGCUCAUCCGAGAAGCUAGGUUACUGUGCCAGGAUUGCCUGGACCUGAAUGGGGAACCAGUGGAUAUAUCUAGAUCAUUUUCUCUAAGAACCUGCAGGAUCAUAGCAGAACUGACAUUUGGCACCACGUAUGAUUUUACAGACCCCGAUUUCCAGAAGAUUCACAAAUGCAUUAUUGAUAUUAUUAAGUUAUGGGAGUCACCAAGUGUCACUGCUCUGGAUUUUAUACCAUUUCUGCAGAAGUUCCCGAAUCAAACCUUAAACCUUCUGCUGGAGACUGCAAAGCAAAGAGAUUCCUUUAUAAAGAGCCAAGUAGAAGCCCACAAGGCACAUCUCCCAUCCAGUAAAUAUAAUGAAGACAUUUUAGAUGGAAUGAUUCGCUUAAUUCGAGAAAAAUCUGGAGAUGACAGCAACGGAAUGUCAGAAUUUUCUGAAGAUCAUCUUCAUAUGGCUGUUGUUGAUCUCUUUAUAGGAGGGACAGAAACCACCGCAUCCUUAUUAACCUGGACAGUGGCCUACCUCAUGCAUUACCCAGAAGCACAAGAGAGAAUUCACCAGGAAAUCACAGGAGCAGUGGGUACAGAGAGAUACCCAACAUAUACAGACCGUAACAGAAUGCCCUACCUUAAUGCCACUAUUUCUGAGGUGCUCAGACUUCGACCUGUGGUUCCCCUAGCUGUGCCACACUGUACUAUUAAGGAUACAAGCAUUGCAGGAUAUACCAUCCCUAAGGGCACCACUGUAAUCCCAAAUAUUUAUGCUGCUCACCUUGAUGAGACAAUAUGGGACAAUGCUGCACAGUUCUGUCCAGAUCGCUUCCUCUCCCCAUCAGAAAGCUCAAAUUCUGCCCGCGCUCUCCUUCCAUUCAGUGUGGGUGCAAGGCUUUGUAUUGGUGAGACCUUGGCACGAAUGGAGGUCUUUUUCUUCUUGUCUCACCUCCUGAGGGAUUAUCGCCUCCUGUCCCCUUCACCUAAACUUUUGCCUCAACUCAGUGGGAUGUUUGGAAUCAACCUCAAGUGCCACCCAUUUAUGGUCUGUAUAUCACCCCGAGAAAACACACCCAAAAUACUGGAUUUUAAUAAGGAAACAUGACUUUUAUAUGACCAUAUGAAUUAUGUGGGUGGAAGAAAAAAGGGCAGAUGAAGCACAGGUUUUUGAAAAAGCUUUUAAAGAAGGCAUUUAAUAUUUAAAGAGAAUGUAAAAUAGAAACAGUAACCCAGUUUCAACUUUCCUAAUCAGGUCACUAAUGUAUUUCUUUUGCAUCACAUUCCUACUUGUUCCCACUUGCUGGGGUGGGCCCAGCUGCAUUGCUUUGAAGUAGUAUUCAGACUGUCAAUUUAUUAUUAUAUUAUUAGGUUUCUACCUGUGGUAAGGCCAAACAUACGUGCCUGCUACAUUCAUCCUGGCUGCCAGUCUUUGCACCUGAGCAAUUCAGCAGGUGGCUAUGGGGAGGCCGUGAGAGGCAAGGCAAACAGCUAGCAGAGCAGAGAGGGGACAAGUAAAAAAAAAAAAAGAGAUAAACCUAUUCCCCCCUACCAUCUGCUAAAAGAAUCCCUGCAGUGUCAUGUAUAUUAGUUUGAGUAAAUACAGUAUAUGAGAAAUUGUUAUAGAAAUUGACACAGAAACAUGAUUCUGAGCAUACUGUUUCUGAACUCUAUUCUUUGUAUGUUCCUAUGCAAUGUUUCCAUUACCGUGUUUUCCACCGCAGUUCUGCAUAUUUUUUCUGUUCAUAACAAGAGCUGCAGUUUUGAGUCUUAUAUUUAACAUUGUCAUCUGUGCUUUUAUUAUCAUGGAACGGUUCUUUCUGGUGUUGGAAAAGAAUAAAACGUUGCAAAGGA